AAAUUCGGUCACCUGUGUCUUAUUUUUUAAGUGAUUUUUUCGGGUUAAGAUCUCUUUAAAUGCUCCCUCCUCUUUCUUUCUCUGUCUCUGCUAUUCGUUUUAAACACGAUUGAAGCCAACUGCUCACCGCUCAACGCUCAACACUCAACGCUAAAGCAGAAACAUCAUCGUUGUGAACACUGUUAAGUUUGUGUUGUCUGAAAACCAAGAAGGAAAAUGGAAACUAUGUGUUUAAAAAGUGGGAUAGUUCCCACGAUCCCUAUCAGUGGAUCUCUGGACGCACGUGCGAAUCCUUCUCAAGUGAGCACGGUGGGGCGUUCCGUGGCGGAGAAACCGCCGCAGAAGUCGGUGUUUUCGAGAUUUUCUUUUAGAUAUCCUUUGGAAUCUCUCUGGCCUCGGGGAGCUGGGAAUAGCAGAUACAAAGGGCUGGCCCUUGACGACGCCGUUUUGGUUGAGAACGGCGAAGGGAAGGCCGUUAGAGAUGACGGAGAGGGUGACGGAAUGGAACAGCAGAGAGGAAACUGGGUUUUGAAGAUUUUGCAUGUGAGGUCUACGUGGAAGGGGAAGCAGGGAAACAAAGAGGAUGUUGCGGCUAAUGAUGAAUUUCAUGAAACGAAUGAGGAUGAAGAGGAGGCGUGUGAUGGUUGCAGGGUUGAUGAAGAUGAAGGUGACUGUGGCAAAGAAGAGGUUCAAUUCGAUAGAGACUCGUUUUCCAGAAUGCUACGGAGGGUGUCUUUAGCUGAAGCAAGACUGUAUGCUCAGAUGUCACACUUGGGGAACUUGGCUUAUUCUAUACCCAAAAUCAAUCCAGGGAAACUCUUAAAACAUUAUGGUCUGCGUUUUGUGACUUCAUCAAUAGAGAAGAAGGAAUUGGCAGCAACAGCUGAAAAAAAUCCCCAUAAAGUUGAAAAUGAUGAGAAGGAAGAAGAAGAAAGAGAGGAGCCGAAGAACAGUGGAUACAAGAUAAGUGCAAAUGCUGCUUAUAAUAUUGCUGCGUCUGCUGCCUCUUAUCUGCAUACUCAGACGAGGAGCAUACUUCCAUUCAAAUCCUCAAAUGCCACAGCUGGUGAAGCUUCGCAUGAAGGAAGCAAUGAGAGCCCUGACAGUGCUAACAUGAUAAACACAGAGGUGGCAUCUUUGAUGGCGACUACUGACUCGGUGACAGCAGUGGUUGCAGCAAAGGAGGAAGUAAAGCAGGCUGUUGCAGAUGAUCUAAACUCUGCACAUUCAACACCCUGCGAAUGGUUUGUCUGUGAUGAUGACCAGAGUGGUACUAGAUUUUUUGUUAUUCAGGGUUCUGAGACACUGGCUUCAUGGCAAGCAAACCUACUUUUUGAGCCGAUUAAAUUUGAGGAUUUGGAUGUCCUUGUGCACAGAGGUAUAUACGAGGCUGCUAAAGGGAUAUAUCAACAGAUGUUGCCAGAAGUUCAUGCUCACCUAAAAUCUCGAGGUUCCCGUGCGACUUUCCGAUUCACCGGGCAUUCUCUUGGUGGAAGCUUGGCAUUACUUGUAAAUCUCAUGCUGUUAAUAAGGCACGAAGUGCCAAUCUCCUCUCUACUUCCUGUGGUAACAUUCGGUUCCCCAUCCAUCAUGUGUGGAGGUGAUAGUCUGCUAGAAAAGCUUGGCUUGCCUCGGAGUCAUGUUCAGGCAAUCACAAUGCACAGAGACAUUGUACCACGAGCAUUUUCGUGUAAUUAUCCUAACCAUGUCGCAGAACUAUUGAAGGCUGUCAAUGGGAACUUCCGUAAUCAUCCUUGUCUCAGUAACCAGAAGCUACUAUAUGCACCAAUGGGUAAUCUGCUGAUUCUACAGCCAGAUGAGAAAUUUUCACCUAGCCAUCAUCUCUUGCCAUCAGGGAGUGGUCUAUAUCUUUUGUGUGGUCCUUUGUCAGAAUCAAAUGACACAGACAAGCAGCUCCGAGCUGCUCAGAUGGGCUUCUUGAACUCACCCCAUCCACUUGAGAUAUUAAGUGACCGGUCUUCUUAUGGAUCUGGAGGAAGUAUACAAAGAGAUCAUGACAUGAAUUCCUACUUAAGGUCUGUGAGAACUGUGAUUCGCCAAGAACUAAACCAGAUCCGUAAAACAAAGAGAGAGCAACGGCGCAAGGUGUGGUGGCCUCUUGUAUUACCACGUGGAAUUGAUGCCAGCAUUGUUGUUGGGAGGUCCAUGAUAUCGGUCAAUAUGGGUCAACGCCAGUCCCCCUUCUCUGGCAUGAUACAAACGGGGAGAGAGUCCUUGAAAAGGUUCAGUAGGCUUGUUGCAUCCCAACAUAUGCAUUUGUUUGUGUUGCUCUUAUUCCCUGCUAGAUUGUUAUUCUUGGGGACAUACAGCGUAAUUAACCUCAAUUGAAUAUAAGAUGAUUCAUUAUUUAUCAUGGGGGACAGUCGUAUAGGGCAAGAGCACAUGGUAAGUAGGUCAUUAGAUGAUUCUUUAUUCAUUGAUUUCAAAAUUGAGUGUCUCCCAUGAUUGGUCCUUGUACUGUAAUAUUGCUCAAAUUAACAUUUACAAAUCCAAUUGAUUUUGCGUUCAAUU